UGUCCUCCUUGUGUUUACCAGUCCUGCUGGCUGCUAAAGUGGAAUCUUCAAGUGUCGGUCACAGAUUCGCUUUUCGAUGACACCAAGCCGUGGGAACAAUUCCAUUGUCUAUUGGUUGAUCCAACCCGGCUCUGCCACAAUCAAGCAAGGAAGAAAAAGUUAGUUCUACUGCAGCAAGGUAGCUUUGGGAAAGAAAAGAGUUUUGUUUUGUCAGAAGAAGACGAUGACUGAUCCUGCCGUCAUGAACGGCGCUACAGAUGAGAGAACCAAUGGCGCUGAAGAAACCAAUGGAAACAAUGAUGAUGAUGACGACACACAACUCCGCCUGAGCAUGUCGAAUAUCCAAGCCGACACGAUCCGAAAGGUCCUGACGGCGGUCCAACGCCACGAACGAGAACGCAUUCAAGAAGGUUUUAAUGAAUGGAAUUUUGCAGCCGGUGUAUUGAAUACCAUGUUGGUGGCGUACAUUUUUGGGAAUUUUCCAGAACAUUUUUGGUUGUUGUGGUUGCUGGAAGCCGCUGCCUUGAUUCCUCGCAAGAUUUGGCAAGAUUGGCAUGCCCUACCAUUGCGGCAGAUUUUGUAUUACGUCGAUUAUUGCUGGGUCAUGACCUUUGUCAUUAUUUUCUCGCUCUACUUUUUGUGUGUCAAUUGGACGCCACAGUUUAUGCCGAUUGAAAUUCCCUACGAAUGGCGCAAAAACAUGUAUUUGGCCGUGUUGGGCGUGGGAUGUGGACCGCUGCUGGGCGCCACAGCCGCCAUGCCCUUUGUGGCCAUGGUAUUUCACGACAACAAAAUGAUGACGUCGCUGUUCAUUCAUGCCACUCCUCCCAUGCUAGUGUACUCUUUUCAGUGGCAUGCCGAAGAAAUUGUACAGGCAUGGCCAUCCUUUUUCCGAUUGGAAGAUGUGGGACCCGCCGAAGUGACGUUCUUUCCACCCGACAAGGGCCCCUUCUUUUGGCCCGGACAAGGACUGGGCACGGUGGCGGGCAAUGCCACUGCCUUGUACUGCAUCUGGUUCAUACCCUACUGUACUUGGAUGUCACUGAUGGGGCUCGAUUUGACACGCAAAGUACGACGAAAAAAGGGAUCGGAUGGGUUGCCAUUGCCCACCAGCAAGUACGAUACAGCAUUUCAUAGCAUUUUUCGAGAUGGCGUCCACGAAGGAAUGGGGUACUACUUUGGACGAUCACCGGAAGAAAGUCGACGACAACAAACCGAGGGAGAUUACCGAACCAGAGAUUUCUUGGUCAUCAUGACCAUGCAUGCCAUUUGUGUGUGGCUCGCCACCAUGAUGGUCGCCUACGUUUGUUUGCUCAGCAAAAAGAUACAUGCGGCAUUGCUCUGGUUGAUUAUAGUCCUUACCGUCUUUCGAGGAGCACAACAAUACGUCUAUUGGGUCACUUCCAUGUCCAGCAAGGCAGUGCAAGAAGAGUUUGCCGAAAUUCUAAAAGAUGUCGAAGGAAUCAAUAUUGAUAAUCAUGACAACGACAACAACAACACAAAGAAGAAGAAUCAAUGAAUGCAAUCAAUCAAUCGUCAUCAAGGUUUCUCUACAACGCAAUUUCCUUCAUUGUGACGAUGUCAUGACCAUCAAUCGACCUUGUGUGCUCUUGAGAUUGAAGAUUCGUGGCGUCACGUACUGGGACGACAAUUACCCUGACAACUGUGUGUUGUAAAUCCACUACUUAGAGAAAUCAUCAGCAACAAAGAGAAAAAGAA